AAAAGCUUGUAGGCCCUGGUUCCACAAUCUUUUCUCUCUAUAUAUCUACUGCUCCGUAGUGUUUGAAUACCUAACAGCUCACCACCAAGAGUCCGCCGUAGUCAUGGAGGAGAAGGUUGUGUAUUCCAGAUUCAAGAGUGUCUGUGUCUUCUGUGGAAGCAGCACUGGCAAGAGAAACUGUUACAGAGAUGCCGCCAUUGAAUUAGGGCAAGAGCUGGUGGCGAGGAGGCUGGACCUUGUGUAUGGAGGUGGGAGUAUUGGCUUGAUGGGUCUGGUUUCUCAAGCUGUUCAUCGUGGUGGAGGACAUGUUCUUGGGAUCAUUCCCAGAACUCUGAUGUGCAAAGAGAUAACAGGAGAGACGGUUGGAGAGGUCAGGCCUGUGGCCGACAUGCACCAAAGAAAAGCAGAAAUGGCCCGCCAUUCUGAUUGCUUCAUUGCCUUACCAGGUCCCCAUUUGCAUAAACUGAAGCUACACUUUACUCUUUGUUUUCAAUUCAUUUCACAUGAAAUCAGCAACAUCCUUCUGGCUUUUUCAGGUGGGUAUGGAACUCUAGAGGAAUUGCUGGAAGUCAUCACCUGGGCACAGCUCGGAAUCCAUGACAAACCAGUGGGUUUGCUCAAUGUGGAUGGCUACUACAACUACCUGCUCACCUUCAUUGACAAAGCAGUGGAUGAUGGCUUCAUCAAGCCUUCACAGCGCCAUAUCAUUGUGUCAGCUCCAAACGCCAAAGAGCUAGUCCAAAAGCUUGAGGAGUACGUGCCUGUGCAUGAUGGGGUCAUUGCAAAGGCGAGGUGGGAGGUUGAACAACAGCAGCAUCAGCAGCAGCAGCAACAGCAGGUGGGGUUCAAUGCCACUACUUUGCAGACUGAGGUAGCUCUAUAAAGAGAGACAUUCAAGAAUGCCGAAGAAAGAAAGUAGGGGGAAAAAAGGUGUUUUGGGGUCUAUCCUUUUGCUCUGAUUUUGGGUUUUAGGUGGGGAGAUAAAGAGAGGAAAUCAACAGUUUGAAAAAUGUGCUUUUUUGUAAAGUGGGGAAAGAAACUACUUUUCUUUUUUUUUUUUUUUUUUUUUUUUUUUGGGUUUUUCUUUGUUUUAUGUCAUUCUAAUCUUACUGGUGGGGGGCUAAGCUAAAGCUUUGUAUUUUCUGCAUGGAUUGGGCUUGUACAUAAAGAUAUAUAUUCUAAGAAAGAACAAGAAGCAAAAUCCAAAAGUUGUAGCAGCUUUAUUCUCAAUUGCAAAUGCUAGCCUAUGAGCACAUCCAUGCCUUUA